GCCGUAAAUCGUUAAAUCCGGUAUUUACCCAUUGCCGGGAUUUAACGCGCGCACAAAAAACCCUUUAGCUGGAUUUAGCGUAAAUCCGACUUAAAUCCCGUUGUAAAUCCGAUACCAAACAGCACCUUAUGACUUCGGCAUCUGCUGCUCUUUCUCUUCUCCCCUCUCCUCUGCUUCGCUUACGUCGUCACUACCGCACGCCUGUCAGGGGGACGACUUUUUGCGCAGCCAUGAGCAGCAACACCACCAGUUCUCCUCCUUCACUGGGGCUGGCGGUGGAAAGUUUAGAAUGUGGUGGACGUACUGGAAGUGUCAAGCAGCAACUAGCAAAAUUGUUUGAAGGAUCUCUUAAAGUAAUAUUCCCUGAAGAACCAAAUAUGGAGCCAUUAAUUGCAGUCUGCACUGCUAAAUUUGGUGAUUACCAAUGUAAUAAUGCCAUGGGUAUUUUCUCUAAGAUCAAAGGAAAGUCAACAGCAUUUAAAAAUCCAAAUUCAGUUGGGCAGGCCAUUUCCAGACAUCUCCCUCCAUCGAAUAUUAUUGAGUCUACCUCUGUUGCUGGACCUGGGUUCGUGAACAUAGUUUUAUCAAGCAAAUGGGUGGCUCAGAACAUACAAAAUAUGCUCUUAAAUGGUAUUGACGCAUGGGCGCCAAUUUUAUCAGUUGAGAGAGCUGUGGUUGAUUUCUCCUCGCCAAAUAUUGCCAAAGAAAUGCAUGUUGGCCACUUAAGGUCUACUAUUAUUGGAGACACUCUUUCUCGAAUGUUGGAAUUUUCGAAUGUUAAGGUCUUUCGGCGAAACCAUGUUGGUGAUUGGGGCACUCAGUUUGGCAUGUUGAUUGAACAUUUAUUUGACAAUUUCCCCAAUUGGGAGGAUACUGGAGAACAAGCCAUCGGAGAUCUCCAGGAAUUUUACAAGGCAUCUAAGCGGAGAUUUGACGAUGAUCCUUCUUUUAUGCAAAGAGCACAACAAGCUGUGGUUCGUCUACAGGGUGGGGAAGCUAGGUACCGUAAUGCCUGGAAGAAGAUUUGUGAAAUAAGCCGUAAAGAAUUUGAUCUAGUUUAUCAGCGUCUCGGUGUUCAUUUAGAAGAAAAGGGGGAGAGCUUUUACAACCCUUACAUUCCAAAAGUCUUGGAGGAAUUGAGUACCAAGGGGCUUAUUGAGGAAAGCGAUGGUGCACGUGUUAUAUUCAUCCAGGGGCAACCAAUUCCUUUGAUUGUUGUGAAGAGGGACGGCGGGUACAACUAUGCAUCAACAGAUCUAGCAGCUCUAUGGUACCGCCUUAACGUAGAGAAAGCAGAGUGGAUUAUAUAUAUUACAGAUGUUGGUCAGUCACAGCACUUUGAUAUGGUGUUCAGUGCGGCAAGGAGAGCUGGCUGGCUUCCAGAUGCCAAGAGCAUUCUAUAUCCUAAAACAAAUCAUGUUGGUUUUGGUCUUGUUUUAGGAUCAGAUGGCAAGCGCUUUCGCACUCGUAGUUCAGAAGUUGUUCGUCUAGUAGAGCUACUCGAUGAAGCAAAAAGUCGCUGUAAAGCUGAACUUGUUAAACGGCUUGAGGAUAAUGGAAAGCUGAAAGAUUGGACGGAUGAAGAGCUUGAGAAUACCGCUGAGGCUGUUGGAUAUGGUGCUAUCAAAUAUGCAGAUCUGAAAAAUAACCGGUUGACUAAUUACACUUUCAGUUUUGACCAAAUGCUAAAUGAUAAGGGAAACACGGCCGUUUAUUUGUUGUAUGCUCAUGCCCGUAUAUGUUCCAUCAUCAGGAAAUCUGGCAAAGACAUUGAAGAGAUAAAGAAAUCGGGGAAACUUGUGCUUGGUCAUGCUGAUGAGCGUGUUUUGGGACUUCAUCUUAUCCAAUUUGCAGAGGUAGUUGAAGAGGCUUGCACUAAUCUUCUUCCAAAUGUUUUGUGCGAGUAUCUCUACAAUCUGUCUGAAAUAUUCACAAGAUUUUACACUAGCUGCCAGGUUGUUGGAUCUGCGGAAGAAACUAGCAGACUCUUAUUGUGCGAGGCAACAGCCGUUGUAAUGAGGAAAUGCUUCCAUCUACUUGGUAUCACGCCUGUCUACAAAAUAUAGUGCUGCAAUUUUCUCUUUAGUUAUACCAAUUAAAUUAUGGGUCAUAUGGCUUGUUAACUUAAUAUUAGAUCUCCUUUUGAUUGAUAGCUUUAAAUUGUAAUUUAUCAAAUGAUAUUUCAGAUUUGUUAGGCGUUCACAUUAGUUCAUUUUCACUGUCAGUUAACAUGCUAGU